CACCACACCGCAAAACUCCACAGUCUCCCUUUAUAUUGGCCACCUCCAAACACUAUCAUCACCUUGUCGGCCUCUUUCAUCUCCCAUUUCUCCUCUCCUCCCUCAAUCCAACACCUCUCUCUCUCUCUCUCCCUCUGCCAAUUCUCUCUAUGCAAAACCAAUCAAUCUAUCCAUCCUCUUCUCUUUGAUUCGACAUCUCCUCUAAUCCUUCUUCAAUUAAACCUAGCUUGUUCAAGCUCCUUGGCUUCAAAUACCAACUAGUUUCCCUUUCUAUCUUUCUUUUUAACUUCUCUUUGUGACACUGAACAUUAAUCAACCAUGAAACACCAACAGAUUACCCUUCAAAGAAGCAGUACCUGUAGCAGAAGCACAAGAAAGAUAAUCCCAUCUAACUACAUGAGAUCAAUCCCUGAACAAGAAGAUCAUCACUCUCCACUCUCUUCACAACGCCUUGAUGAUACCAAAAUCUAUUCAAGAUUCACUUGUUUCUUUCGUUCAAUCCUCAAGAUUAUAUCUUUCCCCAAUAUAAUCAUCCCCAAAACCUGUAAAUGGCUAUCAACCCCAACCCAUUACCUCUCCAUAACCCCUUCUCUUGGCCGGAAAGUGACCGGAACCCUCUUCGGAAACCGCCAUGGUCAUGUCAGCUUCGCAGUCCAGGAUAAUCCUGGCUCUGAACCGGUCCUUUUACUCGAGCUUUCGAUCUCUACGGCAAUGUUAGUUAAGGAAAUGUCAUCAGGUUUGGUCAGGAUCGCCCUGGAAUGCGAUAAGGUUCGUGCUCCUCAGGUUCAGACAGGCCGGCAGGGGAAGCUGUUUAAUGAACCAACAUGGACUAUGUAUUGUAAUGGAAGGAAGUGUGGAUACGCCGUGUCGAGGAGGUGCACGUAUUCUGAUUGGUACGUGCUUGGAACUGUGCAGAGUGUUUCAGUCGGUGCUGGGGUAAUUCCGGUGGUGGAGGAUGGGCGGAAGAGCGGUGGUGGGGAAGGAGAGUUGUUGUAUAUGAGGGCUAAGUUCGAGCGAGUUGUAGGGAGCCGUGACUCAGAGGCGUUUUAUAUGAUGAAUCCUGAAGGAAAUGGAGGGCCUGAACUCAGUAUAUUUUUACUUAGAAUAUGAGAAGAAAUAAAACAAGGGAUCAAAGACUUUGCGAUUUAUUGUUACUCGGUAAUGUAAGGUGGAUAUGCUUGUUUAAUUAAAUAAUUAGUAACAUGCAUGGUGAUGUAUUUCUUUUUUUUUUUAAGUUUUCUAUUUUUAUGUGAUUUUCUUGUUUGUAUUUUGUUUAGAUUUUAGAUGUUAGAUAGUUUGCCUUGUUUGUGGAAUAAAGCACAGUAAUGAAGAAAAAAACAGAUCAA